GAAUUUCAAAGUGAACAAAGUGGUGUGCGCAUUGGCAAUACGUGUUGGUCCCGAAACGUAGGAGGGGGCCCUGUGUAAAUUAGAAACAAUAGCCAAUAAAAGCAACAGGCAAUAAUAGAAACUACCGCAAAACUCAUACAAGCACAUUAUCAGCAAGGACACGCGGAAUUUACCCCCUCCUAACCUUCCAACUUACGUCCGUUAAGUAAAAGUCAAUUUAUUGUAUGAGUCAAAAAACUGAAAGACCAGUGCUAUCGGGUCAACGCAUCAAGACCAGAAAAAGAGAUGAAAGAGAAAAAUAUGACCCAACGGGAUUCCGUGAUGCGGUCAUUGCUGGUCUCGAAAAAACUGAAGGCGACUUGGAUCAAAUCUCUAAAUUUCUAGACAGUGCGGGCAACAAGCUCGAUUAUCGUCGAUACGGUGAAGUGCUGUUUGAUAUAUUGAUAGCGGGUGGAUUACUGGUGCCGGGCGGUUCUAUAUCUCAGGAUGGCGAAAAGCCGCGCACAAAUUAUUGCAUAUUCGAUGCAGCCGAGGAUAUGGAGGCAAUGCGCAACCAUGAGCAGGUAUUUGUCAAGCUCAUCAGACGGUACAAGUACCUUGAGAAAAUGUUCGAGGAGGAGAUGGGUAAAGUUCUCUUAUUCGUAAAGGGCUUUUCCCCAAGUGAACGUAUUAAGCUAGCGCGUAUGACUGCGCUCUGGUUAGUUAAUGGCUCUGUACCGCCAAAUGUUUUACUGGUAUUGAACAACGAGCAUCUGAUUAAGGAUGGUAUUGCUCUAGAAUUUUUGCUUGAGCUAUUUACAACGUUCAAGCAAGAGAAAGGCAUUGCAUAUCUUAUACAGGCGCUUAAAAAGGGUGGACUGGAAAGCAAACUUAUGGACUUUUUCCCACCGAACAAACGUACUGAGGAAUAUUUUAAACAAGUUUUUCUUGACAAAGAACUUAAUGAGAUCAUCAAAUUGCAUAAAGCACAGGCUAGCCAAGAGGCUAAGCGUGAGCUCCAACAAACACUCAUCGAUGAUAUUAAUGACGAGAAGGCGCAUAAUGAAAUAACCGCCGAUAUCAAAGAGUUUGCCCAACGCACCAACAUUCCCGAUCAUGAGAUAAUUGUCAUUAUUUGGUCUACCAUCAUGUCAUUGGGCGAAUGGAACAAGAAGGAGGAACUUGUCACCGAUCAAGCCGUUCGCCAUUUGAAGGGUUAUUGCACUUUGCUACAAUCCUUCGCCUCAACCGAUCGCUCCGAAUUGGCUUUGAUACUGAAAGUGCAAGAAUUCUGCUAUGAGAAUAUGAAUUUCAUGAAGGCCUUCCAAAAAAUUAUUUUGUUAUUCUACAAGACCGAAGUUUUGUCCGAGGAGAUCAUUUUGCGUUGGUACAAGGACGGGCAUUCCAACAAAGGCAAGAUGCAUUUCCUUGAACAGAUGCGUAAAUUUGUCGAAUGGUUGCAAUCGGCCGAAGAGGAAUCUGAAUCUGAUGGUGAGCAGAAGAAUGGCGAAUAACAAGUUUUAAUGGAAGACCUAAACAACAAAUCGGAUUAUCCGCCCUUAAUUUAUUCAUCUGCAAUACAGCCAAUCGAACUAUAAAAUUUGGAAAAUCUAUCUAGGAUAUAUACAUAUAUAUAAAGAAAACACACCCACACAUAUAAAUAUAUAUUGUAGUUAUAUAUAUAUAUAUCUGAAAACCAAACACAUGCUAUCAACAACAACAAGAACAACAAUGAUGCGGGAACAGGGAGUAGAGCAAUCGUAUCAAUAGAUCAAAAAUUCCAACCAAAUUCAAAAGUUAUAUACAUUCAAAAUUGAAUUCUGUUAAAAAAUCAUGUUUUCUUACUGUUCAAAAUGCUGCUCAAAAUCCCUAACAAAAAAAAACACACCCAAAAAACAAUCUGAUGAGUUUUUCAAACUCUAUUCAAUUAUAAUGUGCUAAUAAAAGUUUUAAGUUUCCCCAAAUAGAAA